ACCUCUUGGGCUGGGCGAUUCACCAGUUUGAGCACAUCUAAUUUCCAGCACCGCCACAGCUUUCGAGUUUUCUUCCGUACUCGCAACCGCGUCGACAGCAACCUUAAAGCCGCGCCUUCCUCGCAAGCGCACCACCUCCUUCAUCCACGCACUGCUAAGUCAAUCUGGUCUUCCGUCACAAUGUGGCCCUUCAAUUCGUCCCUCGUUUUCGGUUCGGCGGGUCCCGAUGUCGCCUCGACCCUCAGCGACACCGUCUCGAUCCCACACCCCUACUACCCUGUCGGCGUCGAGGUUGCGGGCUAUCUUGCCAAUGAGCGGGGCGUGCUCACCCUGAUCUCGCUGUUCGCUGCUUGCUGUGCCGGCGUCUUCUCGCUAGCCUACCUUGUCGUCAUCAAAGUCAGCCCGAGCCUGCCCACCCCCGAGCUCUUCACCCUCCUUUGGUUCGUCCUCUCGGGCUGCAUCCACGCCUUCUUCGAAGGUUACUAUGUCUACAACUUCCGGGCCAUGGGUGGAUUGCAGACCCUGUUUGGCCAGCUCUGGAAGGAGUACUCGCUGUCGGACUCGCGAUAUCUCACCAAAGACCCCUUUGUCCUCUGCAUGGAGACAAUCACCGCGGUUUUCUGGGGACCGCUGUCCUUUGUUGUGGCGUACAUGAUUGCAACCGAGCACCCUCUUCGCCAUGCCUUCCAGAUCAUCGUCUCGCUCGGCCAGCUCUACGGUGACGUACUCUACUACGCCACCAGCAUGUUCGAUCACUACAUGUUCGGCAUCUCGUACUGCCGUCCUGAGGGCUACUACUUCUGGGGCUAUUAUUUCCUCAUGAAUGCCUUCUGGAUUGUUAUCCCGAUCGUUCUACUUGUUUCCAGCGUCAAGCAGUGCGCACAGGCGUUCCGGGCUCUCCAGGAGACGGAGAAGGCGCUAAAGACUAGCUCAAAGUCCAAAAAGAGGUCGUAGAAUGACUUCCUUGUUAGUUCUGAGAACACGUUCCACGAUAAUACCUUGCCUGACGACCAGGGAAGCCACGACUCCGACGGCCCCGAGCGCACGCAUCUGUCGAACGAGGGUGGUCUAUCGAGCUACGAAGCCGACGAAGAAAGCGCCGACGGCGAUGUGUCGGACAACGAAGAGGGCGGAGAGGAGUUUAUUCACAUCCUUUAGACUUGGAUGUGCCCUGUUUGUAUAAUUGUAAUUGUAUAUGCCCCAGUUGGCGAACGCCUUGAGAUUGGCCGACAAGCAUUCAUGCAGCAUAAUCAAGUAGGGACAUGAAUCUAGCACGGUCAUAUAUGCCAUCUGAAGAAACUUGAAGGCCUCUAG